CCCGCGGGCGUUCUCCCGGAACCUCACCGCGGCACCCCGGCGCGGGAUGGCGAGGGCGUUGCGGGGCUUUAAAGCCGGCUGCUUUGCCAUACCCGGCUCCUUUUCAGCCGGGCGAAGCGCAGCGGGCUGCCCGCGCCGCCGAGCUGCCCCCUGCCCCCUGGCACGACCGGGUUGCUGCCUGCCGCGGCGGCCAGGUUCAUGAUGUUGACAGCUAUGUUCUUGGCUGCGCUCAUCCUUAUUACGGUGCAUUCGCAGGAAACUGAGGAAACCAUAACAUACACGCAAUGCACAGAUGGCUAUGAAUGGGAUCCUGUUAGGCAACGGUGCAAAGAUAUUGAUGAAUGUGAAAUAGUCCCAGAUGCAUGUAAAGGUGGGAUGAAAUGUGUUAACCACUAUGGAGGAUACCUCUGUCUACCCAGAACAGCCCAAAUUAUUGUAAAUGAGCGAGAAGAAGCAGCAGCUGAAUCCACUAGUGGUCGAAACAAUGUCAUUCGACGGACUCCAGCUGAUCCUCACCGUGCCCCUCCAAAUCCGACUCAUCAAAUUCAGUGUGCAGCUGGGUAUGAGCAAAGUGAGCACAAUGUGUGCCAAGAUAUAGAUGAAUGUGCAACGGGAACCCAUAAUUGUAGAGCUGACCAAGUAUGUGUCAAUCUAAGAGGGUCCUUCAGCUGCCAGUGUCCUCCAGGGUAUCAGAAACGAGGGGAGCAAUGCGUUGAUAUAGAUGAAUGCACCCUGCCUCCAUACUGCCACCACCGAUGUGUGAACACUCCCGGCUCCUAUUAUUGCCAGUGCAACGCUGGUUUCCAGCUAGCGUCCAACAACCACACCUGCGUGGACAUAAAUGAAUGUGAUGCCAAUAACCCGUGCGCACAACAGUGUUACAAUAUACUGGGUUCUUUCAUUUGUCAGUGUAACCCAGGGUUUGAGUUAAGCAGUGACAGAAUCAACUGUGAAGAUACUGAUGAAUGCAGAACUUCCAGUUACAUAUGUCAAUAUCAGUGUGUCAACGAACCAGGAAAAUUCUCAUGUGUCUGCCCUGAAGGUUACCAGGUAGUAGGAGGCAGAACAUGUCAAGACAUAAAUGAGUGUGAGACUACUAAUGAAUGCAGAGAGGAUGAAAUUUGCUGGAAUUACCAUGGAGGAUUUCGUUGUUACCCAAGAAAUCCUUGUCAAGAGCCUUAUGUCCUAACAUCUGAGAACCGCUGUGUCUGCCCUGUAUCAAACGCCAUUUGCCGAGAGCUGCCUUACUCUGUUGUGUACAAAUACAUGAGCAUCCGUUCAGACAGAACAGUGCCCUCUGAUAUCUUCCAGAUUCAGGCAACCACUAUUUAUCCUAAUACUAUUAAUACAUUCCGGAUCAAGUCUGGAAAUGAAAAUGGAGAAUUUUACCUGAGACAAACAAGUGCCGUAAGUGCAAUGCUGGUGCUGGUGAAAUCCCUAUCGGGACCAAGAGAACACAUCGUGGAUCUGGAGAUGCUAACAGUCAACAGCUUGAAUUACCGUACAAGCUCAGUGUUGAGGCUAACGAUAAUAGUGGGACCUUACGCAUUUUAGGGGUUUCCAGUAACCCUCCGCUGGCACUUAAAGCGGCCAAAGAAUAUUAUCUUAAAGAAAGCACUUACUAUUUUAUUUAUAGAUUUUGCUCUUUUUUUAUUUGUUUAGUAAAGUGAUAUCUUUAAUCCACACAUUACACGUGUAAUUCAAAAUUAGUAGAUGUGUUCCAUAGUAUAACAUGGGCAUUGUCACUUUCUGUAUAAAGAUUUCAAUCUUUUUUAUUACCUUACUUGGCCUAGAUACAUACUACACUUUCGUAUGAGAACUGUAUGUUCAUGCUCUCCUGUAAAACUUCACACCCUUCCUAGCCAAAUAGGUCAUGCAAUUAAAGGUGAUCUUUUGUUGUUUUUAUUUUUAAAUUCUAAUGCAGCUACUGACAAUCUCAAAAGGAAAAAAAUAUAGUAUGAAUGAUACACAAAGUAACGGUUAUCUGAUAAGCUAAAAUAUAUUUCUUUUUAACUAACUUUGUAACAAAAAUAAGUCAAUAAAAAUCUAUUUCUGUAGA